AUGAUUCCAACCAGCGAAAUCAGCGCUCGGAAUCACAGUAUCGUACAGCGUAGCGACAAUCCUGAUUCCGAAUUCGAGAAAGACGAGGAGUUCUGGUUCGAGGACGGCAAUACUGUCCUCAUUAGUCGAGAUGUGGGGUUCCGUAUCCAUCGAGGCAUCGUUUCGCGACACUCUGAAGUCUUCAGAGAUUUGUUCACAUUACCACAACCCACUAAUGCAGAGAAAGUACAUGACUGCCCCGUCGUCUCGUUGUCUGAUUCCCCGAUGGAAUUGCGGAUCUUACUACGUGCCAUUUACAACGGCCAAAGAUACAAUCGCUGCGAGCAGGCCGAAUUUUGGGAAGUGGCUACCGUUGUUCGCCUGUCUCAGAAAUACCUGAUGGAGGAGCUUUACGAAGAUGGGUUGGCUUGCCUCAAGACAUGUCUCACGGACGACUUCAAUGUAUGGGACAGAAUAUCCAGAGCUGAUGAUUGCAGCAGUCCGGUUAUGCACUUCGAUUUCGAGGAUGCCAUUGCGGCGGUUAACUUGGCACGCCUCACCCAUACCGAUAGCAUGUUGCCGAUAGCGCUGUAUCUCUGCUGCCAACUCGAUUCCGAAGCCCUCGUUCGCGGCAUUGUCCGCCCCGAUGGAAUUGUUGAGCAAUUGUCGCCAGAGGACCUGAUGAGAUGCAUAGAUGCCGCAGUUUCUCUGUCGGCCAGGAAUACCUCCCGGCACCUACUCCUCGAUGUCAGUCCUGACUGCGCAUGUCGUUCGAUAUGUUUUCCGCGGUUACAACAAAUCAUAAUCCGCCUAUUCAACACACCUGAUGUUCUGGAAUCGUGCGACGUUCUCAGUAGCGCGGACAGUACCAUCGAUUCCUUUGACGGCUUGUGCACCGAGUGCAUUUCCUGCCUGAAAACAGAGGACUUGGAGAGGCGACUGCGGUGUUGGGACGAACUGCCAUCGUUGAUGGACGUAGCUGUUCCCGGUUGGGGAAGCGGCGAUGAAUCAAUGACGACAAACUAA